AUAUAUAUUAGGGGCUGACGACGGCCAGACAAACAGACAUAGAUACACCCGCACAUGGGCACGGCGAGGGGGCAUCGAGAGAGAGAAAGACGAUGAUGGCAAACCCUAGGAGGAGCUCAUAUACAACCAGUCAGAGCUCAGAGGGCCCAAUGUUUCAAAGCUCCUCACAUUCACACUCAAUCUCAUCCUUUGUUCUACACUUCCUUAAGAAGCCCCACGCCUUUCCUUUUCUUCUCUCCAUCUUCCUCUUCCUCACAUGGCUCUCUCUCAGACUCCAGCACGCUUCCCAUUUCUCCCCUCCUUCGUACGACCUCAAGUCCAGCCAAGGUGAUGACAAUGCUGCCAAUUUGGUCAGAUUCAGUUCUGGGUUUCCUUCCCCGCUUGCAAAAGACAAGCGCGGUUGGUUGCUCGACCCCGUCUCUCUUGCCCUUCAUUCUGGGAUUUUGGGUGGAGCUGUGAGUUGUGCUUCAGUUCAUGUUGGAGAAAUUCGACCCGGUAGUGUCAGGGGAAACCACAGGCACUAUACCUGCAAUGAGACCUUUGUCAUUUGGGGUGCUAAAACAAAAUUCAGGUUGGAGAACAGAGCUGUCAAUAAAGGUUAUGCUGAAGUGAUACUUGGUGCAGAUGAAGUUGCUGUUGCCGCUAGCCCAAGUGGAACUGCCCAUGCUUUAGUAAACAUCGAUCCAAUACGGAGUACAUUCUUUUUAGGGUGCCAAGACAGCGUUGUAAAUUAUAGCAACUCAUCCACUGAUUUUAAUGUCUGGAAAGAUUUUUAGGCAUUAGUUUUGCUUGAUUGUUCCUGUUUCCAGUACGACAUUCUCCUGAACUUCAUUUCUUUUACCGUACUGUAAGAGUUGUACAAGGGCCUUCCAAGAUAAGACGGAUUUCAUCAUAUAAGAGUUUUUAGACAUCUCUGUAUAUAAGUACCUACAGUUGCUGCGGCAUUCUUCGAGCUUUUAAGUGAGCAUUCUUUUGUUUUCUCA